GUUGUCUGCAAUGACAAUCUAGGGAAGAAGGUCCGCAUUAAGCGCAACACCGAUGACACCAUCGGGGACCUUAAGAAGCUAAUCCCAGCCCAAACUGGCACCCGCUGGAACAGGAUUGACCCGAAGAAGUGGUUCACGAUUUCUAAGGACCAUGUGUCUCUGGGAGACUAUGAAAUCCAUGAUGGGAGGAACCUGGAGCUUUAUUACCAAUGGAGCAGACAUCCUGCCGGCCACCUCCCUCCCGUUUCCUCUCCUGUCACCCCACCCUCGUCCCCAAGCAUCUCGGGGCCACGGUCCCCGCCCCAGCGCUUCCUCCCUCGCCUGCCGCUCAGCCCUUCGUACCAGGCACCAGCCCCGGCCACCGCAUCCUACAAACUGCUCUGA